AUGUACCUCACAGGCCAGCACAAUGUCGUCCCUGAGCCUGCACUCAUUUCGCAAGUGACACAUGUCGCUCUGGCUUUCAUGCAGUCUGGCAUCUUCAACAAUCCUGAGCAAAAUGAGUGGCCACUCUUCACUACGGUCGAAGAAGUACGGUCCAAGUUCUCUGAGGGUACGGCUGUCAUGAUUGCGAUUGGGGGAUGGGGUGACACAGAAGGAUUUUCCAAAGCAGCGAAGACGGAAGAAGGGAGGAGGAGGUUUGCGAGGAAGGUUGCCGAGAUGGUUGAGCGGACAGGUGCAGAUGGGGUAGAUGUGGACUGGGAGUAUCCGGGCGGCAACGGCGAGGACUAUAAAACGCACCCCAACGCCGAGAAAACCUGGCAAAUUACCGCCUACCCACAACUCCUCGCGGAAAUCCGGGCUGCCAUCGGGCCAGAGAAAAUCAUCUCCGCAGCUGUUCCCGGCCUGCCACGCGAUAUGCUAGCUUUCACCCCAUCAACGAUACCCAGCAUCAUGCAGUCGGUUGACUUCCUAAACGUCAUGACAUACGACCUGAUGAACCGCCGCGAUAACGUGACGAAACACCACACCGGCGUGCAGGCGUCGCGCGAAGCAAUCACCGCAUAUGUCGAGUGCGGGGCGCCAGCUGAGAAGUUGAAUCUAGGGUACGCGUUCUAUGUGAAGUGGUUUCGCACGGCGGAAGGUGUUGAUUGCGCGAAACAGCCCGUGGGAUGCGCGACUGAACUUCUCGAGGACCCUGGAACUGGAGCAGAUUUGGGCAAGACUGGCGGGUUCUCGUGGCACGAUGAGGUUCCGUCGGAGUCGGCGACGUCUUUUGCGCGUGCGAUGGAGCGUGGAAUGUAUGAUGGGGUCGGUGGGGGACAUUACUAUUGGGAUGAGGAGGAGCGGUUGUUUUGGUCGUGGGAUACGUCGUUUGCGAUGGAGAGGAAGACUGAGCUGCUGUGGGGGGAAAGAGCGCUUGGUGGUGUGUUUGCGUGGGGGUUGGGUGAGGAUGCACCGAAGUUUGAGCAUCUGGAGACAUUGAAUGAUGUUGUUCGAGGUUUGACGAAGGGCGCGUUGAACGGGAAGGACCCUGAGAGGAAUGAGCUCUAGGGGGUUGUGACUUCUGAGUAGCGACUUCUUUCCAGUUACGGAGGAAAAAACUCAAAUGUUCAAAUCCAGCUCUUCAAGUUGAUAUUAAAUCUGCUUCAAGUA